AUGAACCCAAAGCACGAACAGUUCUCGUGCCUCAUAAGCUUACCCAUCAUCUCCGGUGAAUAUAAGAGGGAAGAGAUUGAAGAACCAACACAAUCAUGUUUCGAUCCAUGUUCAAAUCAUCAUCGUGCGUUGAUGGGUGCUUUGCAGGAGUUCGGUCUCCAUUGUAGAGCUCAUCGUUGCUUGGAUCUUGUGGUUCAGUUCACUAAAGCCUCUCGAAAUGUCCCCACCAUCAUUAACCUCAUCGAUGCCUCUCACCCCACCAAGAAAUCCCCAAUUUGCAUCUACUUCCUCCACCUCGCCGAACUCACUGGCCGCGCCUCUGCCAUGCUCAUCGUCCACAACACUUGUAAAUCUGGCUACCCCGCUUAG